AUGCCGCUAGUGGGAUUUGGGACGUACAAGGUCACCGGCGAGCAGGUUGAAAGGGUUUUAGACGAUGCUCUUAAAGUCGGUUAUCGGCUUCUCGACACAGCGAAAGUUUAUAAUAACGAGAAGGAGAUUGGAAAAGCUUUCGAGAAGCUUCUUCCCAAACAUUGCCUCCGAAGGGAGGAUGUUUUUAUCACAACCAAACUUCACCCGUCGUCGGAGAACACAAGAGACUCCAUUGUAAAAAUGGUUGAUGAAUCGCUCCGACUGCUGAGAACCUCCUAUGUUGACCUUUACUUGAUUCAUUACCCAAAACCGAACGAUUGUCACAAUGACGACACAGACAAUAUCGAAUAUCGCAAAAACGCAUAUAUGUCACUCGAAGCGUGUAAAGAAGCGGCCAAAAUUCGCUCGAUCGGUGUCUCAAGCUACGAAAUCAAGCAUUUGGAAGAAGUGAAAAGCUACGCGAAUUGUCAACCUAGUGUUAAUCAAAUCGAAUUCCAUCCGCAUUUCAUUCGAACUGAGCUCGUCGAAUAUUGCAAAAAUGCGAAUAUAUUUGUUCAAGCAUUUUCGUCGUUGGCGAAAUGGAAUGAGGAUUUGUUCGCAAGUGAUGCUGUGAAAUGUCUGGCGGAAAAAUAUCGCGUUGAUCCAUCGACCAUUGUCCUAUCGUUUGCGACAUGCCAGAACAUUGGCAUCAUUCCGAAGUCAUCCCACAUUGAACGCAUGAAGAAGAAUAUUAAAGUGAUCCAUUUAACUUCUUGCGAUGUCGACCGUUUCGCGCAUUUGAAUAUUAAUCAGCAUUACGUUCGAACGACAGGAUGGUUUGUUAAAUAA